GAAUGUAAGCUCAAAAGAAUUGUCAAAAAUUGAAUUUGGCAAAGAAGUGAUGUACGCGAAGAAAAUGCCUGAAGUACCGUAUGGUGCUAUUAUUCGCGAUAUUUCUAUUUGGGGUAUUUGGAUUGCAAGUAUUGGUAGUACCUUAGGCUUUCAAAUAUUUUUCCAGUAUGGACCGGUAUAUCUUAGCGAAGUAUUAAAUUUCACGGUCGAAAAAGCUGGUUUAGCUUCAGCAUUACCGAUGGUACUAGCGAUCGUUGUUAAAGUUCUCGCUGGUCCACUGAG